UUGCCUGCUGCUGUUCCUGCCAACACCCCCGCCCCCCAGGAUUGUGACCCCAGGGCCUUUGAUGUGUGUGUGUGUGUGUGUGUGUGUGUGUGUGUGCGCGCACAUGCGUGCGCGCGUGCGGCGGGGCAGGGCGAUGGCUCAGGAACGCCUCCAACGGGAAGCACGCGAGGCUACAGGACAGGCUACAGGAACAAAUAAUCCCCACUCCUUGGCUCUUUCUUUUUCCUUUUUAAGUGUCCUGAACUUAAAUGGCUCUUAUCUUAGAGCCACAGCUGCUGUGUAUUGUUCCCCUAGGGCUGGGGACGCAUGGUCUAAGCCCAGAACCCAGGGUCUGCCUGUGAUCAGCUGUGUGGCGUAGGGAAUGUCCCUGACCUCUCUGGGCUUCUCCCUUAGGAGAGGCCAAAGUUCCUUCAUCCUCAGCAGGUCCAGCUGGUGCCUGCUCUGUGGGUGCAGGGUUAUAGGUUGCUGUCUGGGUAUAAAGAUCAGCUUGUUGUGGUCCCCUCCUGCACCUUUUGUCCAGGUGAUGCCCCACAUUCCACAGUGCCUCGCGCCUAGUUAGCUACUGAGUCUCAGACAAAAAGUAAGAGUUACGGUUGCUCUGGGAACAAGGAAAACAGAGGCUUGGAUGGCCCUGAGGUCUGCUUGGUGACAGCUGCUUCUUUUGAGUUUGCUUGACUAAGUUGGAGUGUCACAGACGUUAUCCUCAAACAGUGAAUGACCACGUCUACCCAGGCAGUGCCAUGUCCUUUUCCCUCUCCUCUGCUUGUCCUGUGUUCCCUUUCUGGGCCAUCACACCCAUUCCCCAGCUCUCUGAAGGCCCGCAGCUCCCCACUCCGUACCCUCUGGUCUGCUGCUCCCCCGAAACUGCCGUGAAAUGGCCGCGCCCCACGGCAUCUGCACGCACACGGCCACCCUGCACGCCUCCUCUUCACUCCAGACGCCCCCUCUCCAGGAUUCCCUAUUUGGUGACUGAUGGCCUCACCCAAACACCUGUGAGUGCCACGCUGGGAGGCCUUCCAGGACUGGCCACUGUGGCUUUCUGCCCACAUCCUACCAGCUGACGAGACUGUCCGGGGACCUUGCAUGUGCCACACGGGCUCCUGGUUUCCUCGAAGCAGUAUAUCCUUCUAUGUGCCGGGUGCUCUUCACAUUACAGUGGAACCCAACCCUUUCCCGCAGGCGUGCAAGGCCCUUCCUGGUCAGGCCCUGGCUGCCUUCCAGCCUCCGCUUUGUCGUCCCCACCCUCCAGCCAGCCUGAACUGCUACAGAUGGCCAGGGGGACAUGGGCCUGAGGCUCUUCUCUGGGUGCAGCCUCUCCCCUGUCCCUGGAGUCCCCACCCCAUCUCCUCACCUGCCUGGCUCAUUCCCCCUCACUUUUCAGGACUUCGAGUACCAUCUCUUCCUCCAGGCUUCCAUGCCCCUCUCAACCAGAAACAUCAUGCAAAAAUGCAGAGUGUUGUGGAGCAUCGCUGAGACUCUGGCAUUUGCGUUAUUUCCAGAAUUUCACAGUCUGUUUCCAAAACCAGAGUUCUCUGCCCAGAGCAAAAGUAUAGUGAGCCGUAAAGGGGAAGGAUGGGAAAGGAGCGUGCGCUCAUUUGGAGGAAUGAGAAGGUUAUUGCCAUCCAAUGCCAACGCGUGAUGUGACAUGAAUUAAGGAAGAAAAUCUGGGCUGGAACUUCGGACCCCAGAGAAGCAGUGCAGCAAUUUCCUAGGUUCAAAUCUUCCUUCAGCCACUUCUUAGCUGUGAGACUUUGAGCAAAUUAUUUAGCUUUUCUGUGCCCUAGUUUUUUAAUCAGCAAUUUGGGGAUAGUAGUCUCUUCUUCAUAAGUUGGCUGCAGGAUUAAAUUAAUUUAUAUUAAAUGUUAGAACAGUUUAUGGCUGGUACAUAGUAGAUCCUCAAUAAAUAUAAAAAAUUAUUAUUAUAAUUGCUAACUAUAAUUAUAUGAACCAUUAUUAUUAGAAAGCUCUCACUUUUUCUAGAGAAUUUGCACAAAUCAAGGAAGACUUGGUUUCUCAAUGUCUUUUUAGCACACUCAGACUUUUCAGUAGAGCACAUAAUUUUCAGUGAAGUCAAAAUUAUUUAGAUAAAAUAGAUUCUCUUCAUGCCCUAGCGUAAAAUGUUCACAAACAAAAUGAAAUAAAAAGACAAAGGGUAAAAGAAACCUGGCAAGCGGACAAGUUUUGAGAAUUGCUUUAAAGGAGUCAUUGUGUUCAGGUGGCCUGGCAGGCUACUGUAAACACUAAGUAGGAAAUCAGAACCCAUUGUGGGUCAGUAAAAUGGAUGUCUUUUCACCCAAACAGAUUGCUAUCAGCCUAACAGAGCCGACUCAUGUUCCCUUUCGCCCGGUCAUUUCCUUUAUACUGAGUGUCUGUUAGAACCACCCACUUGGGUGUUUCUCAGGAUUGUAGGUUUUUAGGUCAAACACAAACCCUGGGAAACGCCUGAAAAAGCCAAACACAACAGUUAACUUUGUGCACGAGCUGCAGGACGCGACCGCACCGCUGCUGUGUGUAGCAGAGGCUGCUGAGCCUGGGCUGGACUGAGCUGCUGUCCCUGCAAGUGCCCAGGUGGCCAGGAGCUCGCGUUAGUCCCGUAAGGAACCCGGCUCUCGGUAGCUGCUGCAGCUCAGGGUUUUCCGGCGUGCUGAAGGCUUGGCCACUCCUUCAUUUAUCUCAGAAGCCUGAACAUUGGGACCUCCACGCUCGCUUUCUUUGUCGCAUUCCACCAUGGAUGAGACACAGGGGCCUCUGGCCAUGACUGUCCAUCUGCUUGCCAACUCGGGGCACGGCUCUCUUCUGCAGCAGACUCUGGACCAGCUCCUGGCUUGCAUCUGCCCAGAGGUCCGUCUCUUUCUGGUGUCUGAGCGGGUCAGUCCAGUGAAGUCCUAUGAAAAGGCCCACCCCAGGCGAUCCCGCUUCCCGGGGAUGUCUGUCCUGCUCUUCCUGCACGAAAGCCUCGGAGAGGAGCGCCUAUUUCGUGCCCUGGACUCCCUCCGGCGCCCGCCGUGGCAGUGCUACCCCACCCGGGAUGCACAGGGCAGGCUGUGUCCCUACCUCCUUGCCAAUCAGGAGUUCUACAGCCUGGACAGCCAGAUGCCCGUCUGGGGCGUGAGGCAGGUGCACCGGGGCGCAGAGAUCCUCAGGGUGACGCUCUACUGCAGUUUUGAUAACUAUGAGGAUGCCAUCAGGCUCUACGAGAUGAUUCUGCAGAGAGAAGCCACCUUGCAAAAGAGCAAUUUUUGUUUCUUUGUGCUCUACGCCACUGAGAGCUUUGUCCUGCAGCUCGCCCUGAAGCAGCUGCCCCUGGGAAUGUCGGUGGACCCGAAAGAGUCUUCGGUGCUGCAGUUCAAGGUUCAGGAGAUCGGCCAGUUAGUGCCUCUCCUACCCAAUCCCUGCGUUCCCAUCAGCAGCACCCGGUGGCAGACUCAGGACUACGAUGGCAACAAGAUUCUGCUUCAGAUCCAGUUAAAUCCAGGAGUUGGUGUUAGGAAUGGAGAACUUUCUUUCCUGAAUGGCACCGUGGGAGCUGACAUGCUUCUCCAGGACUUCAGGCAGACUCCUGUCUCUGCAAAGAGGACUCUAGAAUCAAGGAGCCGGAGGAGCCGGGCCAGGAGGUUCCAGGUGCAUUCUCUGGAGCUUCCUGGGCCCAGUGGGGGCCCAGUAUCAGUCAGCUCUAGUAGCACUUUGUGGAAACGCCCUGGCUGGUCAUUCGAGGCCAGCAGCCCACCCACAAGUGCCCAGCUGCAUCUGCCUUCUCCCCACCUUGAACCUGGGGCCAGAAUGAAGGUACUCAGCUGGGAAAGCAGCUUUCAGAAGCUUGAGGAAGAGACUAAUGUUGACACUGGGUUCACUGCCAUCAAUUCUGAACCCGGGCAAUCUUUUCUGAGCAGGUUUCCAAGGGAUGUGCAGACCAGCCAGCCACCAUCCUGCUUGCCAGCCUCUUCCUUAGGGGUGGCUACCUCCAAAACCAGCAGAGUCCUUCAGGAAAGAGUCUAUCCUUUGUCGCUGGCUGGACAAAGGGUCACUGAUACAAAAAAGAUAACCUCAAAAUGUUCCCUUCCUCUGCAACUCCAGGAUAAAGAAAAAGAAGAAGAAGAAGAAUUCUUUAUAUAGUGUAAAACAAAUGUGGUUUUCUAAAACACAAGAGCAGAUAGAAUGUUCUAGAAAUGGAACACUGACCCAGAAUCAGCCUGUUUUUUGCUCUUCUGAGGAGGCCUGAAUGCUGUGCUAGUGCUACCCAUGCACAGAUUUGUAUUGUUUUUAUUUCAAAUGUUCAAAGUCUAAAGGUGCUGGGAGUGAUUUGUUUAUUUACCAUCAAACUCAUAAGAGAACACAGCCAAUGCACAGGAACAAAGCCCAGUGCUUGUGUUCCCUGGAGGUGUACUAACCCAGCUGGAGGUGUUGAAUUCAGCACCUAUCAGGAUAAUUGCAUUGUAUGCAAAUGAAUUGGAUGUGUUAUGCAGUGCUGAUUAGUGUAUGUAAUUUAGUUUUAAUUUUUACUUGGGUUGCAUAGCUCAUUCCCCUGGACAGAAUGGGGUAUAUUCAUUCUUUAGUGCUUUUCAAUUUUUAUGUGACCUCCUUUGGUAACUAGGCACUGUUAAUCACAUACCCUCUCAUGGUUUUGCCUUUAAAGUUGUUUGAAUUUGGAAUAAGUAAAAAUGCAAAGUGUUUUGAAAAUUAAAAACAAUCUAUUUUUUUCCUGUUUAAUGAACCCACACACUGGAAACCAGAAAAUCAGGUUAAAAAUGAAUGCUAAGCUCUAGAGUUUUCCUACUCCUCUUUUUCUUGUUUGUUUCUUCACUACUCCAAGAAGACAGUGGUUCUUGUUACAAAUCAAGAAGGACCAUAGGAUGAUUGGAUGAUUUGAGAUCUCCACUGAGCAUGGCAGGAAGAUUGGACUGGUUGACCAGGUCACUGGAGCAGGACUUGGAUUCUUCUGGCCAUAUUUGAAUCCCCAAAUUCCUUUGCAAUACUCAUUCAUUCAUUAUGUAUUCACUCAAUAAAUAUUUAUUGAACAUCCA